AUGAAAUCUCUCAUAAAGCCACCACCACCACGUAAUUCUUGGGAACUGUUACUCGAUGAUUAUUUAAAACACUCUAAUGUUAAAACAAACUUACCAUUUGAAUUAUCACCAAAUAGUCCUCCAUUAAAACAACAAUCAACAAACCCUUUAUCUCAACCUGUUUCACCUAAUCUAUUUCACGAAACAUUUAUUCCAUCGUCCCAUUAUCAAUAUCCACAGUAUUCAUCUAAUACUCCAUAUGAAAUACCAUCUUGUCUUCCUCCACGUCGCUAUAAAAUGACACUUGAUGAACUUGUUUAUUUAAUAAGUCAAGUAGGUCGAUCUGAUUUAUACCGUGAAAUGGUACAAUACGUUAAAGCACAGCAAAUAUCAACAUCUUCUCAUGUCAAUACUAACUCAUCAAAAAUCAAUACUUAUUCAAAGAGAAGAAGAAGAACAACAACAACAGAACCAUUUCUAUGA